AUGGAAGCUCCAGUCACAGCAGCCCCUCCUCUCAACUCGUCAACCCUGCCCACCCCUCUACCCCUACGUCCGGCUCUGCCUCCCUCGGUCAGGCUCGGCUUCACCAUCCUGUACACGGUGCUGUACGGUGGCGUUUUCCUGGUUGUGUACGCCCAGCUCUGGCUUCUCCUUCGCUACAGACACAAACGUUGGAGCUAUCAGAGCAUCUUUCUUUUCCUCUCCCUGCUGUGGGCCGCCCUGCGCACAACCUUGUUUUCUUUUUACUUUCGGAACACUCUGGAGGCCAACCGCCUCCCUGUGGCGGUCUACUGGCUCUUCUACUGCUUCCCUGUCUGCUUACAGUUUUUCACACUGAGCCUUAUCAACUUGUAUUUCACUCAGGUGCUACUCAAAGCCAGAGAAACUUACAGCGCUGAUGUGGAAAAACGAUUGUGUGCGGCCCGCUGCACGUACGGGACGCUAAACGCUAUCUUCCUUUGCGUCAACGUGGCCUGUGCGGCACUCGCAGACCACGGGGAAAGCAAAGGAAUGCUGCACACCUGGAAUUUAGUCCUGGUCCGUGUACUUGUCAAUGACUUGCUGUUCAUCUUGGAUGCGGUGUUGCUAGCUGCCUUGCUGCUGCUGCUGCUGCUGACCCGACACUCUCGUUCGACUGGAUCGCAACUGACUAGAAAGGGGACCAUAGUGUGUCGCACAGCAACACUGGGCGCAGCAGUCAUCUUCCUGUUUACCAGCAGAGCUUGCUACAACCUCAGCGUCUUGUUUCUGUCUCAGAACCACCAUAUUGAGUCUUUUGGCUUCGACUGGUACAAUGUCUCUGAUCAGGCUGACCUGCGUAAUGACCUUGGCGACAGGGGCUACCUGGCUUUCGGUGCCAUUCUCUUCAUCUGGGAGCUGCUACCGACCACUCUUCUCAUUGUCAUCUUCAGAGUUCGCCGUCCUACUCAAGAGGUCAACAACUUGACCGUCAACAACAGGGUUCUACCUCGUCAUUUUUUCUUCGACGAUCCUCAAGGUAGUAGUGAGGAAGUAGCUGCUCCAUGGACUUCUACGUACAGCCCACAAUCAAGCUGGUACGUAGCAGAGACCACUCCUCUACUGUUUGCCAACAACCCCCCAAACCAGAAUCACCAACACCACUCUUUUUACUCUACCCCGCAAAACUGA